AUGGGGUGGUCGACCUCGACGCCGCCAUGCGUGGGCGUGGCUGCCCUAGAUGACGCGGUCGUGGGCACACCGGCGGCGCGCAAGAAUCAGAGAACAGCAGCCACUAACGGCGACUCAAGCUCCCCCGCAAGCAGCGGCCGGUUCCAGCGGCUUGAGGUGCUCGGCGCAGGAACAUUCGGCGUCGUCUACCGGGCGAGGGACCGCCGCACGGGUGAGAUCGUGGCGGUGAAGUGCCUCCGUGCGAGCGAUGGCGCCGGCGACGCCGACGCCGAACGCUACCUCUCCGACUUCGCCAGCGAGGUCAGUGCUCUCGAGGCGUGCAGCGGCCACCCGUCCAUCGUUCAGCCGCGUGCCUCCGGCCAACUUGACAGCGGGGCUUUCCUUGCCAUGGAGUUUGUGGGGCCGACUCUCAGGCACGUCAUGAAGCAUGUCCGUUUUGGGAGGAGGCACACCGAGCUGGAGGUUCGCCUUCUCAUGAGACAGCUUCUCGCCGGCGAGAGGAGGAUGAAUCGUCUCGGCCUCAUGCACCGGGACCUCAAGCCGGAGAACGUGCUUGUUGACGGCCACGGGAACCUCAAGAUCUGCGAUCUGGGGCUGUCAUGUAGCAUGGUCGAUGGGCCGCCCUACUCUAACCCUAUUUGGACACGGGGAUAUCGCGCGCCAGAAAUCCUCCUCGGGUCCACGGAUUAUGACGAGCAUGUCGACUCAUGGGGUAGAGUAAGCACAAGUCAUAACCUCAUAGGUAGUACGCUGGGAAACUAG